GGACAUAUUGGGGAAGAGGGCUUCAGGGGAUUCAAAGGGAUUAAGGGUAGCAAAGGUGAUGAAGGUAUAAAAGGAAUAAAGGCGAAUCAGGAAGCAAGGGUAAUCCAGGAAUAUCGGGGAGGCUUGGGGGUUUUGGGAGUAGUGGUAAAGAUGGCCCAAUGGGUGACGUAGGGAUGAUUGGGGGGAUUGGAAAUGAUGGAGAGAAGGGUUUACCUGGUACGACAGGUUCACGUGGAAAUCGAGGAGCUCACGGUUCUAAGGGAAAGCAAGGAGAACGAGGAGAAAAAGGAGACGACGCUGCACGUGGAUCUUUUGGUGAUAGUGGAUAUGAAGGGAUGUCUGGAGCAAUUGGUUAUGAGGGAGAGAAAGGCGAUAAAGGCGAAGCCGGUCAUCCGGGAGAACCAGGACUGCAGGGAGCUGUUGGUGAUGUUGGCGCGGCAGGAGAACAAGGCGAGACUGGUUUUAAAGGUACUGUUGGUGUUCAAGGUCAUGCAGGCUUCAAAGGGGAACCUGGUCCCAGGGGAGAUACUGGACUUUCAGGGAUUACGGGAGCAUCUGGCGCUAAGGGAUAUUUAGGUAAACCAGGAAUAGCAGGGGAUCAAGGCAAACCUGGAGGAAAGGGACGUCCCGGCUCUCGUGGAUAUAUGGGAGAAAAUGGCGUGAUGGGAUCCGUUGGACCUCCUGGAACCAUGGGAAAAAAGGGGGUAAUGGGAGCAUCCGGAGAAAAGGGUAUGCAAGGAGCGGUUGGACCUCGUGGGUCGUUAGGGAGCAUUGGAAGUAACGGUGAUAAUGGACCAGAUGGAGAUCCAGGGGAUUUGGGUAUAAAAGGCUUUUCUGGAAAGACGGGUGAUAUGGGUCAUGUAGGCGAACCGGGGCCUGAAGGACCGACUGGACCUCAUGGGAUAAUAGGACCUGAUGGUGUAUAUGGUGAAAAAGGUUUUAAAGGAUUGAUUGGUUUGGUCGGCAAGAAAGGCGAAGCGGGUGAUGAGGGUAAUAAAGGAAGGAAAGGUGUUAUUGGUGAAACUGGAGAAUUGGGGCCUCGUGGUCCACGCGGCUUGCUUGGUGAAAUUGGAGCAUUUGGAUUUAAAGGACAGCUUGGACUAUUUGGCACGAGAGGACCAGAGGGCGUGAAAGGGUCAAAGGGAAGAAAGGGUGAUGUUGGACUUCCUGGAAAUUUAGGAUCACUUGGGAACAUGGGACCAAAAGGGAAAUCCGGUGUUGUUGGGGAGGAUGGUGCCAUAGGACCUUCGGGGAUAAGUGGUGAUAGUGGAUUGAUGGGAUCAAAAGGUUAUGCAGGAGCACAGGGAGUAACGGGUAAGAAUGGUGAUCCUGGUUUAGCUGGUGAAAUUGGACUACAGGGUUUCAUCGGAUCACGUGGAGACAAAGGAUAUCCAGGAUUUGCUGGACAACAGGGUGAGAAAGGUGACGUCGGUAUAGAAGGAAGGGCUGGUAAAGCAGGUCUUAAAGGUGUUUUGGGCGACAGAGGUUUUGUGGGUGAUUUGGGCUUGACAGGCCAACGAGGACCACUUGGAGGACUGGGAAUGAAAGGAAAUGUUGGAAAUAUGGGACCUGGGGGAUAUCCUGGUGAAAGAGGGAAAGAGGUACAAAAGGGACGAAAGGUGUUAGGGGAGCACUUGGUUUUCCUGGUCCUACAGGGCCUCAUGGCGAAACUGGAGUGAGGGGGCUUCUAGGUGAUACUGGACCGUAUG